AUUGAUUGUUUUUGCUGAAACAGCUGUUGGAAAUAUUGUUGUUGUCGUCUUUGUGUCUGGCAGGUGGAAAAUAAUUGGAUUACCUUUGGAUAAAUCAAAGCAAAGCCCAUCACCAAUCAAGAAUAUGGCCACGGUGCGCAUUCCUAAACAGAAAGUAAUCCUUUGUGGGGAUUACGGAGUGGGAAAAAGUUCCCUAUUCCGACGCUUUGCCACAAACACCUUUGUUACGGACACGGAUAGGAAGUCCACAUUGGGAUUGGAUCACAUUGAUCGAGAAUAUAGUGUUAAUGAAAAGCAGAUCAAGCUCCAACUUUGGGACACUGGUGGCAUGGAGCGUGUAGCUUCGGUGACCUCUUCAUACUACAAAUUUGCCGAGGGUGCAAUCCUCGUGUUUGCUCUGGACAACGCAGCCUCCUUUCAUUCCCUCUCCCAGCACUUACUGGAUAUAGUGACAUAUGCAGAAAAUGCGAAAAUCUUUAUCUGCGGCAACAAAAGCGACUUGGAGGGAAGAGAGCCCGAAGUAAGUGAUGAGGAGGUGGAGGCUUUCUGCGAGCAGUGUCAUUCCCUGAUUAGCGCGACCUACAAAACCUCAUGCCGUAGCGGCGCCGGUGUAGAGGAGAUGUUUCGUGACAUUUCACGGCAACUAGUCCAUGCCAAUCGAUCCAAGAUGGAGUUGCAGGCUCUGGAGCACAAAAGCUUCCAAGUGGAUUCAGCCUCCGAUGCGGUAAACGAAGAGGACGCGUCUUCAUGUGGCUGCUAGCAGUUGGGGAACAUUGAAUUUGGCUAGGCAAUAGGUCAAUGGCCUGGCUAGGUUCAAUGGGUGCGCAGAAAUGUAUUUUUAAUAAUUUUGUUUAUUUAUUAACAUUUUUUGGCUAUGCUUAUGGUUUUUAGAAACACAUUUAUUUCGAAUUUACAUGAAAUAUGUACGUCCCGAACGUGAAAA